AUGGAAGCCCUGCAGAGGCAGCAGGCAGCUCGACUGGCCCAGGGGGUGGGGCCAUUGGCACCUCCACGCCCACUGCUGCCACCCCGACCUCCCCUGCCUGACCAUCGGACCCUACAGGCCCCUGAGGGGGCCUUGGGGGAGGCUGGGGCUGAGGAAGAGGAAGAUGUGGAAGAAGAUGAGGAGGGAGAGGAAGCCGGAGCAGAGGAGGAGGCAGCUGAGGAGAGCCGUCCAGGGGCCCAGGGGCCCAGCUCACCUUCUAGCCAGCCCCCUGGACUCUAUCCUCACGAGUGGACCUACGAGGAACAAUUCAAGCAGCUGUAUGAGCUCGAUGCAGACCCCAAGAGGAAGGAAUUUCUGGAUGACCUGUUUAGCUUCAUGCAAAAGAGGGGGACGCCAGUGAACCGCGUGCCCAUCAUGGCGAAGCAGGUGCUGGACUUAUACGCUCUGUUUCGCCUGGUGACUGCCAAGGGCGGCCUGGUGGAAGUCAUUAACCGCAAAGUGUGGCGGGAGGUCACGCGCGGCCUCAGCCUACCCACCACCAUCACUUCGGCCGCCUUCACUCUACGCACCCAGUACAUGAAGUACCUGUAUCCGUACGAGUGCGAGACUCGAGCGCUCAGCUCGCCAGGGGAGCUCCAGGCCGCCAUAGACAGCAAUCGGCGCGAGGGCCGUCGCCAUGCUUACACCGCUACCCCUCUCUUCGGCUUGGCAGGACUACCCUCUCGGGGCGCUCAGGGUCCACCAGUGGGUCCUGGCCCCGCCCCUCCGGCGACCGCGUCCAGCCCUGGCCGGGUCCAGGGUUCCGCCUCCGGCCUGCCAGCGCACGCCUGCGCUCAGUUGAGUCCAUGCCCUAUUAAGAAAGAGGAGAAUGGAAUUCCAGCCCCUCACCUGGCACUGCCUGUGGGCCUGGCGUUGGGACCAACACGGGAGAAGUUGGCACCAGAGGAGCCCCCAGAGAAAAGAGCUGUGCUGAUGGGGCCCAUGGACCCACCUCGAUCUGGCAUGCCCCCCAGCUUCCUGCCCCGUGGCAAGGUUCCCCUGAGGGAAGAGCGGCUGGAUGGGCCUCUUAAUCUGGCAGGCAGUGGCAUCAGCAGUAUCAACAUGGCCCUAGAGAUCAACGGGGUGGUCUACACUGGUGUCCUCUUUGCCCGCCGCCAGCCUGUGCCAGCUUCCCAGGGUCCAACCAACCCUGCACCCCCACCCUCCACAGGGCCCCCUUCCAGCACCUUGCCCUGAGAGGUCCAACUUGAAACACCCAGCCCCGUUGCUGAGAGGGGAGGAGACCCCCUGCUUUGAUUCUUUCAGGCUGCCCACUCUGGGACCCAGCCCUGGAAGGGAACCACACCUCCCAUGCCAUGUGGACUUAAAACCAAAGUUUCUUUUGAUAUUACACCUACCUCAUUGAAAAGGGAGGGCACUUCCUCCCUGGCCAAUUCCAGCAGUAUUUACCAAAGAGUUCUUCCUCCAGUAACCCCCAUCAUCUCCUCAUGUGUCCCCUCUAUCAAUGUCAUCUCUAGGACCCUACCCCUUUGAAUAGGCCGUGCUUCUCUUCAGGAACCAAGUGAAAGGUUGGGUUGGGGUAUUGUGAAAGAGACAUCCCUCAGGUCACGCCUAGACAAUAAAGCUGCGAUCCCUCCCUCUCUGAUGCCUCCUUUCUUG